GCACACUUAUCGAUAAAUUGUGUAAAAUGCAAGUCUAAAUUAGAAAAAUAAAUAGACAGAUAAAUUGUAGCUGGAAAAUUGUAAAAUAAACGACGCCACAUACGACACAUAAGCCAGAUAAGGCGCGGGAAAACGAGUGUGUUCGACUGUGUGUGUGUGUGUGUAACGCACAUGUGCAUUUAAAUGGAAAUGGAAAAAAAGACUAAGGAGCAAAUGCGUCGGUAUAAAAAGUCGCGGCACACGCAUUCCAGCAGCGAUAGCUCGAGUACAGAGACGGAAAGCGGUAGCAGCUCAUACAGCAGCUCCGACAGCGAACGCGAUCAUCAUGGUCACGGGCAUCCGCAUCCACAUCCGCAUCCACACCCGCAUCAGAGAGUGGCAGUUGUGGAGCAUCGUCAUCAUCGUAAGAAGAAGAGCUCGCGACGAGCGGGCAGCCCCUCGUCUUCCGGCGAGGAGCGUCGCAAACGGGAUAAACGUGAUCGGGAUCGCGAUCGUGACCGGGACAGAGAUCAUGUGCAGAAGAAGCUCGUGGCGAAGCGCAAUCACAUCAAGCGCAAGCUGAAGGAGGCCAGGCUCAAGAAGCGGGCAGCCGCCGCACUCAGUGGCCACGGACAUCGCGCCCUCUCGCCGGCAACGCAGGCCAAGCUGAAGAAGCUGGCGGAACGCAAGCAUAUGCGUGCUGCCAGCAAGGAGCAGCGCGAACGAGAGCGCGAGAAGCUGCGCAGUGUGCAUCGCGAGCGGGAGCGAGAUCAUCAUCGAUUGGGCAACAGCCGGUCGCCGACGGGCCUGGCCAGCACGACGACCACCACCAAGAUACGCAUCCAUCAGGAUGUGGGCAAGCGCCAGAAGAGUCCAGGCUCUGUCAGCAGCUUGGGCUUGGGUCCCCAGUGUAUGCCCGCUGCUCGGAUGCACCACACGCUGAUGUCGCGUGAGAAGCUCAUCAUACAGACGAGGGCGCGCGGACGUACGCCGUCGCUGGAGCGCGAGCGGGAGCGAGAGCGGGAAAGGGAGCGCAUCGAACGAGAGAGGGAGCGCGAGCGCUUGGAGCGGGAGCACGAACGGCAGCGACAGCACGAGCACAAGCUGCAGCGGCACGAUGAUCUGUCGCUGCGCGAACGCGAGCGGGACCGACGUGAGCGCGAACGUGAGCGCGCCGAGCGGGAGGCAGCCAGGGAUAAGGAGCGUGCCGAGGCAUUGGCCCGUUGCCAAGAGCGACAACGGGAGCGUGAGCGCUUAGCACGCGAGAAGAUGCGUCGCCAGGAGGAGGAAGAGGGCGGCGGCAAAAAACCAUAUAGCGUUGUUGGCGUUGGUCGCGAUCUGGACAUGACCAUGACCAUGCCGUACGGCAGUCGGGAGCGUUCGCUGGAAGCUGUGGACCGUCCCGGACGACAUGUGCGCGACAAACGCGACCUGGUCGAUGCCUACGAACGGGAGCAGGAGUUCAUCGAGGCGGAGCGUCACGGUCUCGUCCUCGAUGAGAUGCGUCGCUACGGCGGCGGCGGUGGCCAAAGACGUCGCGAUCUCAGCCCCCUGCCGCCCGAUCAUUAUCCGGGCAGACUGCGCGAUCCGCGCGACAUCUACUCGGAGGAGGAGCGCGAAAGGGCGUAUAAGCGUGCGUAUAUGGAGCAGCGUUACUCCAGGGAGCGGGAGGCGUGGCUGGAGGCGCGCGAGAUGCGCGACUAUCGUGAACUGGAUGCCGAGGAUGUGCUGUACGAUGACCGCGAGCGCAUGAUCCGUGAACGUGAACGGGAACGGGAGCGAGAACGGGAGCGGGAGAGAGAUCGCGAACGAUUGCCAUCGCGCGGUGAUUAUCGUGCUGAGUGGGAGCGCGAAUGGGAUGAGGAUACUGGCUCUGCUGGCGGCGUUGGCGUUGGUUCUGGGGCUGCCAGUAACAAUGCGACACCUGGACGUGCCAGCGGUUUCAUUGGCGGACCCAAACGGCCGAAGCCACCAAUCCAGCAAACAGCACAGCAGCAGCAGCAGCAGCAACAGCAGCAGCAGCAACAACAACAACAGCAGCAUUCGGCAUCGGAGCCCGACUGGGAUGCCGAUGAGCGAGAGGAGUGCGUCGCUGGUGGUGUGCCUGUGAUUAAGAACGAGCCCGCCUGGCUGGAGCACGAUCAGCGCGAGAAGCCGCGUGCCUGGCAGCAGCCCAACAACAACAACAUCAACAACAGCAGCAGCAACAAUAGCAACAACAACAGCAAUGAUUGGCGCGACAGCGACGAACCGAACUUUGGCCGGAGCAGCAAUGUUACUGGUAUUGAGGUGCAGGCGGCGCCACAUCAUGCGCCGAGUGCCUCGCCACAUCAUGCACCAAGCCAAGCCUCGCCACAUCAUCAUCAUCAUGUGCAUCCGCGUGGAGAGCGUGGUGGCGGCGCCGGCUGUGGCGGACGUGGCUUUCGACGUGGCGGCGGACCAGGUCAUAAUCAUGGUGAUCAUGGCGAGCGCGGCUUCCGAUCACAUCCGCCCCCGUUGAUGACGUUGCCGGUGCAGCCGCCCGGUGGCUAUCAUGGCGGUAGUUCGCGUGGCUUCCUCCACAAGCGUAUGCCAUAUGGUGGCGGUGGUGGCAGUUAUCUCAAGAAGCAUCCGCAUAUGCAGCCCGUUGCAGCCACUGUGACAGUGUCCACUGUACAGCCGCCGGUGCAUGUCCAGGCCAAGCCGACCAAUGCGGCAGCCCAGGCCAGUGCUGUGGCAGCGGCAACCACUGCGGUCGCGGCGGCAAAGGCGGCCGCACAGAGCGCUGCAAAUGCGACCACAAAUCCGGGCAUAUUGGCACAGGUUAGCAAGCUGCCAAACAUUAAGCAGGAGGAUGCAUCCGAGGACUCGGUAGGCACGCCAGAGCUCAGCACGAGCAGCGGUGCCGUCGAGCCGCCAUCCUCGGAACAGAUCCUAUCGAUGGAUGCGUCGCUGCGCCAAGUGAAACAGGAGCCAAAGACAAACGGCGAACUGAGCGAGAUCAGCGAUAGUGAUGAUGAUAUACUGAACACAACCGACAAGGUGAAGCCCAAAUGCGAACUGGAAAUGGAUGAGGAGACGCUGGCUAGCGCACAGGAGCUAUCAACCGAUGCACUCUCCCCCAGCGAAGAGCCCAUCAAAAGCGAGGUGGACUCUCAGCCGGAUCCGAAUCCAGAGUCACCGGCCCAGGCAGAGGGACAGACACAGUCGAGCAUUAAGAGCGAGGAGAUCGACGAGGUGCUCGACUUUGAGGAGAUCUCCGAUGGUGAACUGGAAGAGGACGCCAGGAAUAAGGGCAUUGGCGAUGCGCUGGGCGUGGACUGGCAGGGCCUGAUUGCUGAGACGCGACAGCAGGCAUUGGAUCAUGCCGCACUGCAGGGUGUCGAGCGCAUUACAUCGGCCAAGCAGCGCUGGCAGCCACAUCGCGUUCUCCUCGACAUGGGCAUUAGUUUUGAGAUGGCCGGCGAACAGUAUGCCCAACAGGUGCUCGAGGAUUCGCGCAAGCAGCUCAUGCUCGAGAAGCAAAAAGAGAAACAAAAGAAGCAGCAGCAACAGCAACAACAGCAGCAGCAGCAGCACUAUCAUCAAUUCGAUGUGGAUGUGGGUGUAGUGAAGACGGAACCGGCGGAACACAAGCCGUUUGCCAAUAGCAAAUUGCCACUGUUGGACGACUACAGCGAAUUGCUGAGUAGCGAUCCGGUGGAGCCGCUGGCCUGCGUCCAAAUGGGUUUGCGCAGCGUGGCCGCCGAACGGAGGCGUCUCGUUGGCAACGUUUGCGGCCCGGGCAGUCGGGCGCUCAGCGCUCGGCAGGAUUUACGCUUGCGCCGCCAGCUGUGCGGAUUGCCAGCCCGUGAAUGCGAAUUUCCGCGCAAUGUGCCGCUGGUCAGCGAUGGUUUGCGCUCGCUGGCCCGGAAUAUGUUCCAGCGCUCGCUCGAUGUCAAAUGAGAUCCGAUCACUCAACGUCGGCUCGAGCCGUACAGCUAUAGACUUGAUUUUCAAAUCUAUACCCAUGGCCUGGACGAUGGUUCAGUCGGCGAGAAUGUGAACACUGACAAUGUAAACGAUGAUGACCUGAGACGAUGGUGAUGAUAGCAGCUGAUGUUAACUGUUCCGCGGCUUCUCCAAAAUUACCUUAAUUAAGUCCGAGAUUACAAUAUAUAUAUGUGUGUGUGUGUGUGUGUAUACAUACAGUGCCGCUCAAGUGAAUAGGUUCAAAACACUUCCACACAUCAUUUUCUUAUUGAUUUAAUAUUGGCUAAACUGAAUAAGUACGUUGUGACUUAAGGCAAUAAUUCACCCGUUUGGUAAAAAUAAACGAAUUAAGUUUAAAAUUAGUAUUUGCUGAAAAUGAA